CUCCCCCCCUCGCUCCUCCUCACCUCCUCUUCGUCUCCACACCGCUCACAGAUCUCUGAGGAUGGAGAUGUCACUGAAAGCAACAGAGAUGUUGAUGCCGCCCCAAACUGAUGAGGCCUCAUCCCUGGAAGCAGAGAGCUCAGAGGUCCACGAAACAGCAGCCUCAUCCUCCUCUGUGACCUUCGACCCCAUGCUGGAGUUCAAUCAGCGGCUAGAGGACAUCAUCAGGACUCACGGUCCUGCAGGCAGCGUCCUGAACAAACUGCCUGCUGACGCAGAGAUGGAACUGAUGGAGAGCAGAGGUGACCCUGUUGUCAUGGAAACGGGAGCAUCGCUCAGACAGAGUCUGAACAAUCCGUCGUCUCCGGAGGAAAAACUUGAGGAAGUGAAUGGGAAACAUUCAGUCCUGGCGGCGCCGAGGCGCAGCGACGAGCAGCAGCUCAGCCUUCUACAGCAGAAGUUCUCCAUCCUGAUGGAGGAACACCAGCAGCUGCAGGCGGAGCAUCGCAGCUCCAUCGCAGCUCGCAGCGCACUGGAGGGUCUGUGUAGAGAUCUGCAGGCGCACUACAGCGCCAUGAGGGAGGAGACUCUGCAGCGCUGCAGGGAGGAUGAGGAGAAGAGGAAGGACAUCACGUCUCACUUCCAGGAGAUGCUGACUGAGAUCCAGGCUCAGAUCGAACAACACAGCGCUCGAAACGACAACCUCUGCCGUGAAAAUGCCAACCUGACAGAGAAGCUGGAGAGUCUCAUGACGCAGUAUGAGAGGAGGGAGGAGAGUCUGGAGAAGAUCAACAAGCACCGAGACCUCCAGCACAAACUGACAGAGGCUAAACUCCAGCAGGCCAACGCUCUGCUAGCCGAGGCCGAGGACAAACACAAGCGGGAGAAGGAAUACUUGCUUAGGGAGGCUAUUGACAAAACAAAGAAAUGCUUCGCUAUGAAGGAGCAGGAGCUGGCCAUGAAGAAGAAGCUGACCCUCUACGGUCAGAAGUUUGAUGAGUUUCAGGAAACGCUGGCCAAGAGCAAUGAGAUCUACGUCCGCUUCAAGAAGGAGAUGGAUAAGAUGACAGAGAAAAUGAAGAAGGUGGAGAAGGAGUCGAACCUCUGGAAGACCCGGUUUGAGAACUGCAACAAGGCUCUGACGGACAUGAUUCAGGAGAGAACAGAGAAAGCAGGAGAGUAUGAUCUGUUUGUCCUGAAGAUCCAGAAGCUGGAGAAGUUAUGCCGUGUUCUCCAGGAGGAAAGGAAAAUUCUCUACCAGAAGAUAAAAGAAGUUCGUCACUCCAACACCAACCUCCCAUCCAAGAUGUCUAGCCUUACAGGAAACAGUGACCCCUGUGACCAUCCGCCACUCCUGGAUGCAGAAGAGAUCCAGGAGCUCCAGGAGGAGGACCCGGUCCUGACGGAGAACAUUGUCCGUCUUAAGGAGGAGCGCAAGCUGCAGGAGUUUGCUGCUUCGCUGUUAGCGACGCCAGAUGACGUUGAGGAGAAUGAGCAGAAAGAAGAGUCAGAGCUGGAAGAAAGACAUGAUGGUCUCAGCAUUUGUCCAGUUUUAAACCAAACCUCAGGGUCCAAGAAGUUCUGCUUCCAGUUUCUCAUCAGGUGGAAGAUCCAAAAUCAGCAGAAUCUGAUUUUCCAAAAGCUGUUAAAGAGGAACUCAGAAAUCCAUCUGAGGCUUCGACAGGAACCACGGCUCCUUCACCUGAAGGUCCAACACCUGAGGGUACCAGCUCAGAAACCAUCAAGACAAGUCCCGAGGUCAGAGAGGUUCUGACCCAGGGCCAAGUGGAGGAGGUGAAGCAAGCCAGAGCAGAAGAAGACCUCCAAAAACCUGUAGGACCGACACCAGAACCCAACAGAACAAUGAGUGAGCCGGAACUAGAAGCCCCAAAGCCCAAGAUCCAGGAGGUGACAGGCGAGGUCAAACCAGUCCUCCCAGUGGAAGAAGAGAAGGCCCAGCAGCAGCAGGUGAGUGGACCAUCUCAAGAGCCAGAAGAGUCCACUCAACCGUCUGAAGACAAACCAGCUGCCUCUUCCUCUGAAGACUCCACGAAGCAGCUACCAAAGAAGAAGAAGAAGAAGAGCAGCAGGAGCGUGAACUGAGCACUCGGAGGUGCUGAUGGUGUGUUUUUGUGACCUGAUGUGGUUUGUUCACUCUUAUGAUCCAGGAUCAGCAGGAGAGGAGGGAAACGAACCAAAACUGUUUUCUAGUUUAGACGUUUGACCUGAAGAAUAAAGCUAUGAAUCAGC